ACCAUGUCGGACUACGUAUCGGCGUCCGCCAUCAAGGACCUCCUCACCGAGUGCCCAAUAUGUACAGAACACUUUGAUGAGGUCAGACGGACACCUCGUCGCAUGCCCUGCUGUGUACAGUCAAUAUGUCAGGCUUGUCUAGAGACGUACAGCAAAGGACUCCCAACGUUAUCAUGUCCCAUGUGUCGACACCAACAUAACCUGGCGGGCGGUGUCAAGUCUCUGCCCAAAGAGCCUAUCAUCCUAAGACUCCUGGACCAUCUGAAGAUUGUGAAAGGGCUUCAUCUGCCAUGUACAGAUUGUCCUGAUGGUAACCCUGCCAUGUCCAGAUGUGAUGACUGUGGCGUCUUCCUGUGCCAAGAAUGUCUAAAUGCCCACAAAAGAGUUAAGUCGAUGCAAGAUCACCAAACUGUCAGUUUCAAGGAAAUGAAAAAACAACCAGGUAAAAGUUUCAAACGUCACCAUAAGUGUGCACAACACGACCAACCUCUACAGUUCUACUGCUACACUUGUGAAAAGAUCGUCUGUGUGUCCUGCACUGUAGUGGACCACAAGGAAGGGAAUGGACACAACGUUGUAUCCGUGAAUGAAGCACACCAAAAAAAGGCAAAGUCCAUUGACGAUACCUUAGUCAAGCUGAGGCAGAAGGCAGAGAGACUUGAGGAAAUAAAACAAGGUCUCAAGGAAAGACAUUCAAACAUACAGGUGUCAAAACAUGCUGCCGUGGUUGACAUCAACAAAGCCUUUGACGAAUUGAUUGAUGAAAUACAGCAGAGGAGAGCCAUUCUGUUGUCAGAUGUUGAAGGGAGAUCCAGCAAGAUUCUGAAGCUGACACAGGAGGAACUGGAUUCCACCAGUAAUAUUCUAGCAAAAGUGACAUCAUCUAUCAAGUACACACGACAGAUGCGGAGUAAAGCUGACAUGAUAGAGGAUCUACAAAGGAUGGGGUCUUCAGCUGCCACCUUGAGCGCCAUGUUGGAGAUGUCACCAAAGGCGUCACUUGUAAGAGCUGGUGUCAGCUUUGCUUCAACUUGCUUCAAUAAAAUUACCCCCUUGUUGAAGAUGGCCGGUCUCGUCAAAUCAGUUGUCUUUUCACCAAAAGAGAAUUCAAGUGAAGAUGAUGACCUGAACGAUGCAAUCACUAUUGAACACGAGUAUGUGCCACAAGCUGCAUAUAUGACCGGGCAGCCGUUGGGAGUAAAAGGAUCGCUCGCAUAUGCGGAUCUGGAAUGGGACUCCAGUAUUGCAAGUGACGAUCUGACGGUUUCGGGGCCAGUUGUCACCAAUGGCAAACAAGAACAUCUUCCACCAAGGACAGGAUGCCGACAACUUUCACCUCGCACUGUCCUGACAUCAACACCUCUGGUCAUCAGGCCAGGACAGACCAUCAUGUACGGCAUGGAGGUCACAUACUCUGUCAUAACACCAGCGGAUAACAAUAAAAUUAUUUUCGAAGCAACUUUGACUGGCAGCCCUUUUGAUGCUUACAAGCUGCAGACAACUGGAUUGAGUGUAUUGUUUGUAACAUGCGCAGCUGACAAUGGAAUAUGUCUAAAGGUGUACUACAACGGACUAUAUCUGUCCGAUGACAACCUUACACUGAACGAGAGUGGUACACCUUACAGCCUGGAUUUGGGAUUCGUUCUUGAAGAGGAAACACAUAAGGUCCAUGUCCUGGACCUUAGUCAACAGAAACUCGUCACAUCUGUAACUCCCUUCCCGUUUGAUAAACCUCUCUGGGUCAUGAUUAAUUUUGGAUCUCAUCCUAACACCCACUUAACCUGUAAAUUAUCAUCACAGAAAGGAAGGAACAUGCAUGACGAAAUAGAACGCUUGAUCCACGAGUAACUGGAAAACGAGCUGAUUGACGAUGCCAAGCUGAUAAUGCAGACAGAGAAAGAACACUUCGUCUUUAAUGUGACCAUUGUAUGCCAAUAAAGCCAUAAUGAAUUGUUAGAUAGGCAUUACAUGUACUUAGAAGUUGACGGAUGACAAAGUAGACACAAUUUAUGAAUAACAACUUCUUUAAUACUGUAAAGGCGACGUUUCGGUAUAGUUCCUUGCUUGACAACGGUAUAAGGAUUUAUACCUUUACAGUAUUAAAGAAAGAGUUAUCCAUAAAUUGUGUCUACUUUGUAAGCCAUAAUGGUGUCCACGUAAGCAAGGUUGUAUAUAUAGCUGUACAUUCAUUAAAAUCACUGUCUUGAGUCCGGUAAGUUCAUGCACAAACUUGGACAACAAGAAAAUGAUCAAUCAUUUCAUCAUUGAUGUGGCCAUUAUAGGCCAAGGAAACGAGUAAAUAUGAAACGUCACAACUUCUGACAUGGUUUCAGUUGCCAGUGAAUAGCGGUACGUUAGCGCCUUUGUGUGUUCAUAUUUGAUGUUGAACACUUAUUGUCUUUUUAUGGGAUUCCAGGUUAGAUUCGGUUUCUAGCAACCUAUGCUGGUCGUAAGAAGCGACUUAAUGGGUCGGGUUGUCAGGCUCGGUGACUUGGUUGAUGGCAUGUCACGUAACCCGACGCCGUGGAAUGUUGCUCAUAAUAUCAACCACUGGGCUGUCUGGUCCACACUCGAUUAUAUACCAGGAAUAUUGCUGAGUGCGGCGUUAAACAACUAACACACAAGUUUUGGGAGUUCACAAAUGUUCAACCCAUGUUGUUUUCUUCAUAGUGUUGACUGCUUGUGAAGUAACUCCGUUGUUUGUUUCACAGUAUCCAUCUUGCAGCAGGUGAAACUGAUAUCGUUAUGUAUAUUCUAUAUGAAUGAGGCCAGCAGAGUGUACAGCAUGCGUUGCGUAUUCUUACAUGGUUAGUGUCACAUGAUCUGUAGUUGUUUGGUAAUGCUUCCCGUUUCAUUAGCGACGUAAUUUAUAUAGGUGUUAUUCUGUCACAAGUAUCUGGCUAUGAUAAUUUUUGACAAAUACAAGCGCGGCCAAUGUGUUCAAAGUUUUCCUUUGGUAUUAAUCGACAUGUGUUGUAUACAUUCAGACUCUUUAUGAAAAGUAUUAAGUAUAUUUUUAGGGCGCUACAUAUUCCACAAUUUCUAU